AUAGGCAUUGGAGAGCGACGGGCGGGGAGAAAUGCAGGACAAUGCGGUGAAGGGGCAUCCUGGUCUCUGAGGCCGGGUGAAACAGAAACCCACACGGUCCUCCGCUCGUAUCUUCCCCUGCAAACUCUUGCAGAACGCAAAGAAAGGCGCGAGCGAGAGGCUCCUCCACUGAUGGGCGGCGACUGCGCGCGCCGGGGAGAGAGCCGGCUUUGGAGAAAGGCGUGCCGCGCUCAUCCACACGAACACGCGUCAGCAGCAGCAGCAGCAGCAGGAGGUACACGCGGAGAACUUGGCGGAAGGGUAAACGCACGAGGCACAAGGGAGCGGAGGAGGACGAAGGCCGUGUGGGGUUUCUUCUUCACCAUGUCCCUCUGCUCCCGGGACAAGCUGGACUGGAAUCAUCUCUCUCGAAAGGAAAGCGGAGUGACACCGCUUAGGCAAGAUUCGGGAGCGGAGGGAGGUAGAGCUGUAAACGGGCAGCCGGCCGCCGCGCCCCCUCGCCGCCUCGGAACACCUACGCCUCGGCUUUUUCUUUAGUGGGGUGUGAGCGUUUCUGCCUCUCCCCUUCUCCAUCCCAUGAAGAUGAACGUGAUGUCCAAGAGGCAACUGGAACAUUCCCUAUUUAGAGUGCUCUAGAUGGCACAGCACCCGAGACAAGACAAGAAGAACCAUGUGUACAAUGGAGCCCAGCUGCUGAGUUCAUCCUGGGUUUGAUCCAUAUGAUACUCUCCUGCCAAAAGAUGAACAACAGUCUUUCAGGGUUUAACCCUGUACACACCAGCAUCAAAUCAUAGAGCUUCUACCGAGGAAGGAGGCUGGCAUUGUUUCAGUUUGGGCUUGGAGACACAGAGUUGGCAUUCAUCUCCAGCACAGAGGCCUUCUGCUCCUUUGAAUGGCCAUGCUGGAUUUACCUUGCUCACCAGGACAGCUCCAUCCCUUGCCCAGGGCCCAUCAUGGCACUUUUGCUGGACAGAGUCUGCAACUUCUCUCCUGGCCUCAACAUAUCACCUGGUCUUCUUAAUCCAUGGAUACUAAACCACUCUCAAAGGGAUUGCGAGCUGGAACCAGGCUGUAGUGAGGACACGCUGGCUGCUGGCAGCAGCUUCCUGGGCCCAGCUGUCCGCUUUGUGCUGCCCACCAUUUAUGCCCUUAUCUGUGCUUCCGGUGUUCUGGCCAAUGGGCUGGUGAUUUCGAUCGUGCUGGGCUGCAAGCAGAAGGUAGUGUCCGACAUCUACAUUUUGAACCUGGCGGUAGCUGACUUACUCUUCUUGCUUGGUAUGCCGUUUGUCAUCCACCAACUUCUGCAGGAGCAAGGCUGGGUCUUUGGAGACUUUCUGUGCUGGGCUGCGACCACCAUCGACCUCAACAACCAGUUCAGUAGCGUGGGCAUCGUCACUCUGCUGUGUGUAGACAGGUACGUGGCAGUUGUGUGCUCAUCCACCAUCGGCCAGAAACGGACCCUGCGGUGCACAAUUCUGAUCAAUGCUGGUGUGUGGGCUGGGAGCUUAAUUCUGACCACGCCUGCGAUGCUCUACGCCCGGGUGCACUGGGACAACAAGACUGAGAUCUGCCUCCUUGACUUACCAGGUCCCCACAGUGUAUACUGGUAUACCCUGUACCAGUCAUUGCUGGCCUUCCUGAUCCCCUUGCUGGUGAUCACUGUACUGUAUUCGUUGACUCUGCAGCACCUCUUCCGUGCCAUGCGCCGGGUGCGUCGGAAGCCAUCCGCCCGCAGCCGGAAGGUGACCCGCAUGGCCCUCACAAUUAUGGCUGCCUUCUUUGUCUGUUGGACUCCGUACCACGUACUGCAGUUGGUCAACCUCAAUGCCAUGCCCUCUGCCACCUUUUUCUACCUGUACCAGGCUACUAUUUGCCUCAGCUACGCCCACAGCUGUGUCAGCCCCAUCCUUGUCAUUUUCUGCACCGAGUUCUUCCGCGAGAGGAUGGCCCAGUCCAGCUGUGUGCCCCCCCCCAGCAAGCGGAGACUCAGCUGCUCUUGCUAAAGCAAAGCCCUUUCCACUUCAGUUUUUGGAGGGGAAAAGUGCUGGUUAUGGUCUGUAAAAUACAUUAAUUUUUUGCUUCUAGGGGGGGCAGCUGCCCCCUCCUGCCCCCCUGCCUACGCCCAUGCAAGACAGAGAUUUAUUUUUCUGUUACAACAGAGUUCCCUUCCCUCCUUCCAAGGAGAGAGAGACCCUGAACAAAAAUGUGCAGGAACCUUUAAAGACUUUUGACAUUGCCCAGCCCCCUUACCAAAAGACCAACCCAAAAUGGUCAUUCAUAUAUCAUAGGAGGUGGUCUGCAGCAGAAAUCCUGCCUGCCAAGAUGCCUGAUAAUGGUCGCUGAUUGCAUUACCUGGGCAGCCUGGCCAUUCUUUUGUGAUGGUUAAUACUUUAGUUCCUGAAGCCAGGUCACAGGCUCACCCUAUUCAUACGUAAAUACGCCCUUAAGACAAGAUUUGUAAGCAAAAAGACAAUGGGAAGGCUUUCCCCAUUUGCCUCCUUGACUGCAGAGGAAUAUUUGAGGUCAAAAAGGCUUCAGGAUUGCUCUCCUGUACUCAGGGGCGUAGCAAGGGUGGGGCGAUAGGAGAGGUUCGCCCUGGUUUCCACUCUGGAGGGGGGGUGACAGUCGGCGCUCCACCCCGCAACUCCCAAGCCGAGCCCCUCCAGCCUCCCAGUAAAAAGCCCGCUUCGGGAGGCUGGAGGCUCGGCUUGGGAAUCGGGGGGCGCCGACUGUCACCCCCCCUCCAGCUCCAGGGUGGCACCCGCCCACCGUGCCGAGCGAGGCUUUCUACUGGGAGGCUGGAGGUUCCGUUUUGAAGUCGCUUGGGGGGAGCGCGAUCCCCCUCUACGUAGUGCGCAUACGUAGCUUCGUUACGUAGCGACGCACGCGUAGCUUCAUUACGUAGCGACGCAUGCGUGCUACGAGCGACGCUUCCCUGGUGCACGGCAAUUUGCCGCCCCGGGUGACACAGCGGCUUCCUCCACCACUGCCUGCACUGUUUCAGGAACAUGGCUUAUAUAUUUAGAUAUGUGUGCAUUAAUGAAUAUAUAUUUGAGACCUUAAAAUUCUUCUAACAGAAGGAUGCUGCAAGCUUUAUUAUAAGGGUGAAGCAGGGAUGAGGAAUCUCAGUGCAGCUCAGGACCUCUCUACAGGCCAAGGUACCUCUCCCCAUGGCACACCCCUCACCAGUCCUGCUUUGCACUCCCCUGGAGUGCUUUUGCCUGGCCUGGAAUGUCUCCUUGAACUCUGACACUGCUUCUUGACUUGUGAGGAAGGAGGAUAAAGAGGGGUGUAUGAAUGGAAAUGAGCCCAAGGUAAGAUAUUGUUAUCAUCAUCAUUGUCAACACCAUAAUAAUAAUGAUUUGUAUACCGCCCUAUAACGGUAGAUCUCAGGGCAGUUCACGGCAUAAAAUUACAAUUAAAAAACCCCCAAAACACAUUGUAAAAAUAAGAACAGAAACAGACCAAUAAUUCCCCCUACCAAACACAUUUCAAAGCUCAUCGGAUGUCAGUCAGCUAAAGGCCUGGCUGAAGAGGAACGUUUUUGCCUGGCACCUGGAAGGUAUAUAAAGAAGACGCCAGCCAAACCUCCCUGAGGAGAGCAUUCCACAAAUGGGGAGCCACUGCAGAAAAGGCCCGUUCUUGUGUUGCCACCCUCCGGACCUCUUGUGGAGAGGAGGCACACAAAGACGAGCCUCAGAGGAUGACCUCAGUGUCCAGGUAGGUUCAUAUGGAAAGGGGCGGUCCUUGAGGCAUUGCAGCCAUUUUGUUGCUCUCUGUCCAUUCUCGCCUCUGCCCUACCUCCCAUUGGCCUGUGGCCCUUGGGAAACUGCCCAGCAGGGAAUGUGGCCCUCAGGUUGGAAAAUGUUCCACACUCCUGUGGAGAGUAACCUGGACAUAAGGUCCAAUGAACACAACAGCAUACAGUGGUGCCUUGCUAGACGAAUUUAAUUCGUUCCAUGGGUCUUUUCUUAUAAUGAAAAAUUCGUCUAGCGAAUCCCAUAGGAAUGCAUUGAAUUUUUUUCCCAUAGGAACACAUUAAUUGAAUUUCAAUGCAUUCCUAUGGGAAACCGUGAUUCGCUAGAUGAAUUUUUCGUAAAAUGAAUUUGUCUAGCGAGGCAACCUCCGCUAGAAAAAAACCUUUCGUUAAGCGGAAUUUUCGUUAAGCAGGGCAUUCGUUAAGUGAGGCACCACUGCAUUCUCCCGAGUCAAAACACACAGGAUUGCAUUAUGCAUAUCACUUAUUAAAUAGAUAAUGCUUGAGAGAUUAUCUCUUUUUCUUUUUACAGGUAUUGCAGUUUCUUCACCAGGUGGAGGGCAAUACGAGAAAGCCAUUCCUUAUCUAAACCAGAAAUGAC